GACGGCAAGUUAUAAUAAAAUCGGGGGACGGACGUGUCCCCCUCCUCCGCUCUCGCCACCCCUUCCUCCGAGACUCAAUCCCUGCCGCCGCAGACGACGACACGUCGCACGCACACGCCGGUCGCUCUGGCGUUACAGGCCGCCGCGAGCGUUUUACACGAGGGGACGCGCGCGCUGCGUACGCAUCGCAUCAGUAGCGUGCCCACUCGCCGGUACGACAUAUUAUUAUUAUUAAAAUAAUAUAGGUACGCGUGCACUCACCGCACCGCACCGAACUGCAUUGCCACUGGAACGCAUCGCACGCGCGCGCGCGCCUCUCACACGCUUGCACACGCACACUCGCACACCCCACACAAGCACGCGGCGUGCCGCGGAAUAAUGCCAAAUGGCCAAAUCGCCGGCUGCGACGCCGUCGUCGAACGCACCGCCGUCGCCGCUUUCACCGCCAAUCGUCACCGUCGCCGCGGCGGCAUCACACUGUACAUCACCGUCAGCGGCGGCGGGGUCAGCGGCGCGUCAACGACAGCCAGAGUGGCCUGCCACCUCGCCAGCGGCGUCUCCAUCGUCAUGUGGCGACGGUUGCAGCACGAGCAGUGGCAGCGUCAGUGGAAGCGGUGGUGGCCGCGGCCAGUCGUACCACUACGAUGGUGGUGCAGAAAUUACGCUCAAGAGCAUCGAACACACGCUGUUGCCGCUCGUCAAACAGAUAUCGACGUUGGUGGCGCACCGGGAACGACCGUUCUGCACCGAGAGGACGGCCAGGGCGAUAGCCAGGGUCGGCCAGGGGGUGAACUUGGCCAUCGAGCGGUUCGUGACUGUCGGCGAGACCAUUGCGGACGACAAUCCCGAGAUAAAGGCCGACAUGUACCUGGAGUGCAAGGAGGCCAGGGCGGCAGGUGCUUCCAUCGAAAAACUAUGCGAAGCCGUGUUUGAAGAUUCAAUCAAUGAUCGAGCAUCUGUGAUAAGAGCUGCCCGGUGCUUGUUGAGUUCAGUCACUAGAGUGUUAUUAUUAGCCGAUGUAGUCGUCGUAAAGCAAUUAAUUUCAGUCAAAGACAAGGUGUCACGGAGUCUGGGUCGGUUGGAAGGUGUCAACAACUUCACGGAGUUCGUCAAGGCGUUCAGUCACUUUGGCACCGAGAUGGUGGAGCUGGCUCACUUGACGGGCGAACGGCAAAACGACCUGAAAGACGAACGGCGGCGGUCUCAGAUUGCCGCGGCCCGACAAGUACUCGAGCGGUCCACCAUGCUACUGUUGACUUCGUCCAAGGCUUGUCUGAGGCACCCGGACAGUUCGGAGGCCAGCCAAAACCGGGACACGGUGUUUUGCCAGAUGCGCAGGGCCAUGGACCUGAUCCAUUACGUGGUCAAAGACGGUGUGAAGGAGGGUGGUGGCGAGUCCAUGGCCCUGACACCGUACAUAUCGGAACAAGACGGUGGCGACACACUUGGCCACGCGCUCAACGUCCUGGACUCGUUUGUCGACAUGACGAGGUUGACACUCGUGCUGAGCGAGAAAGAAACGCUAUUGCGCACCAUGGACGUGAUCAUGGAACGGACGCAAGACUUCACCGACAGCGCGUACACCAGACACGAGCACCGGGAAAAUAUUUUGACGCUGUGCGAUCGCGUGAAAACUCACCUCGAUCAAUUAAUCAGAGCCGGAGCUAGGCUGGAACAGUGUGACGAAUACUCACCCACGAAAUCGCUGGAAGUCGCCGUAAACCAGUGCCUCGACGCCACCAAAGAACUCAGACUGCAGCUGAUAGCGACGUGUAAAGAACAAUCCCAUGACUUACCUUUAAUAAUUAGGACUGGUUAUGACCUCGUAACGUGCAUACAGACCACGUCUUCCGAUGGAGACGUCGACAGUCUUAACAAGUACGGCGAUCAAUUCGUUGAAGUCGUAGACCAAAUCGGAGAGAUUUGUAAAGUACUGAGGCACAUUGCAACUGCAGAAUCACUUCAGGUUUCUGCCAAACACGCCGAAGUCAAUUUACGAGUGUACGCACCACAAAUCGUUACUGCUGCUCAAGCACUAGCUCACUAUCCUUGUUCAAAAAUCAUAAAAGAAAAUUUAGAAGUAUUUGCGGACAUGUGGCAAGCAUUGACUCAAGACGUGUCUACGGUGUGUAAAGAAAUUAUGGAAAAGCAAAUACCGGAAAAACAAACAUACAUGUCACUCCCCAGGCCAGGCAAACACGGUACGACAACAAAACCGCUGAAGUCAGUGAGACUAGAUCUAUCGGAACAAGAUCAAAUCGCCAAGGCUGGUCUGGAAAUGAAAUUGGCGUCGAGUGAAGUAGACGCGGAAGCGGACAGGUGGGGCGCUGGAGAAGAAGACGACGCGGCCAACGAGGAAGGCGCCAGCGUGGACGAGCGGGGCAACGCGACCAAAGCACACGAAGACAACGACAUUGUGCGCAGGGCGAAAAACAUGUCCGGCAUGGCGUUAAGCAUGUACGAGUUCACCAAGGGAGACGGUGGGUCGUCGCUGAGGACCACUCAAGAUCUGUUCACGCAGGCGGAGUACCUGGCCGAGGAAGCUAACAGGCUGUACAAAUUGGUCAGACAGUUUUCGUACCAGGUUCCUAUGGGCGCAAACAAAAAAGAACUUUUGGAACAGUUAGACCAAGUUCCAACAUACGUACAACAGUUGCAAUUUACUGUAAAAAUGCCAACGGUUGGUAAAUCUGCUACAUUUUCAAAAGUCGACAGUGUGAUUAACGAAACUAAAACGCUAAUGAACGUUAUAUCAAAAGUAGUCACAACCUGUUUUGUAUGUGCUACUAAAUACAACUUGGACUUCCAAGGAUUGUCGACCAGAAGCGGUGGCUUCGGCGACCGUGGCGAAGACGGUAGCGGUGCUGGUUCCGGAGGUGAAGGUGGCAAACUGAGUGGAGGAUCAGGCUCGGAUGGAUCCAUGUGACAGUUUGGGAUGGGGCGGAGGAGCAAAGGGGAUGGCCGCCGCACCCGCGUGUCGUUCCUGCUCUUCUGAGCCCGUGCAGCUACACUUGCAGCCAGCACGAAACCCACAAACUAUUUACAUGGCUUCCAAAUCCCCGCAUACAACCAAUACUACUGGAAAAUUACUUCCGGUAUUUGGAUUACUAAAGUUACCGGAUAAGUUUCGCUCAACAAAUAAAAGUAGCAUAACAUAAUAUAUUUACAUUGUAUUUGUCUAUAAUGUUUUAUUCGCCGCCGCCACAUCAGUGGAGAAUGGCUAUCAUAAUAUUAUAUUCGUGACGCGCGAUUGAUUUAACGUAAUCGCGCCCGACACGUUUCUGUUAACUUUCGAUUCGCAUCGAUGUACCGUGUUAUUUGUAUUAUUAUUUGUAUUAAUAUGUUUUAUCAACGGCGAUUUACCAAACGUCUAAUAAUCAUUCGAGUACACUUCCUCCGAGUUCACACGUGUUAUAAUAAUGUAUUCUAUCAAAAUGUCCCGUGGUAUGAGGAGCAUCCACCUGCAUUCUUAUGGAACAGAACGAUUCUAUUACGCAGGCCAGUGGACGAUAACUAUACAAUUCUAAAGUUUAGUGAAUACUACAUAAAACGACGCAUUAUGAUUUAACUGACAGUAUAAUAUUAUAUUGUCAUAAAUGUUUCGAGCAAAGAGCAAUAUAUACACAUAUAUUUAUAUUAUAUUAUUAUAUAAAGAAUUUUCAAUAAAUGUUUUGAUUUUUUUAAAUCAUAAUAAAAUGAUGUCACUAUAAAAAAUGUAAUUAACUUAAACACAAUCUUAAGCUUAUAGACAAUCAGGCAAUAUAAUUUACUAGGACACAGUUAAGAAAGAUCUACAUGAAAUCAAUAUUUUAACUACGAAAUAUAAUAUAUUAAUAUAAUAUGAGUAAUAACACGGUGUUCAUUAGAAUAUCUUUUACGGUGAACUCAACCUGACUGCUCAUAUUGAGUACUUAUAAUUUGAUUUGUUUUGAUAUUACCUACUUGUACAUAAAAAUCCUAUUGACUGUACAAUUUUAACCUGAAUUUUGAUAUCAUUCGGCUUUAAGUCAUUAUAAAUUAAUCGCAAUAUAGAUGUGUUCUCAAUAAUUAGCGGUUAUUAAUAAAUAAUAAUUAUAUUACCACACAUACUAUACGGUUUUAUUUUCAUUGGACAUCUAUCUCCAAAUAUUAAAAACCAUUCAAUAACGGUUCAAAUAAUAUUUUGACUAUUUUAAACAAUGUGAAAAUUAUGCAAAUUAUUAAUAUUUUUUUCUGAGAUGUCAAGACUGUGUCUUCCACUCAUUAAAAAAAAAAAAAAUGUUUUCCAUGUCAAAAAAAUUCAAAGUAGAAUAUUAAGCUAUGUGUCUUCCCCAAAUUGUGUUCCAUUGCCCUAUAACUUCCCGUGUGUUUUAACUUAUUAGAUAUAACGAUCUCUGAAAAAAAUUUAGUUGUUGAUCAAUAUUUUAUUAUGAAUUGAUUAUUUUAAUACAAUU